GUUCAGUGGUACAGGACGGAACCUGGAGAGAGGAGAUGAAAUUAUGCGUUCUCCUUACCCUAGCUCUAGCUAUACCCUUAGCCAGUGGAACAGGGCAUAGCGAGGAGGAAGCUCAACAGAGAUCAGCUGAUGUUUCUGCCGGUAGACCGACACAGAAACCUCAUGUUGACCCCCCAGCUCCUCCCAGUGCUCCUGAACCUAAACCCGCAGAAAGGUCUGACCCCCCUCCCCCCUCAGACAUGAAACAUGCCCCUCCUCCUCCAUCAGACAUGAAACAUGCCCCUCCUCCUCCUCAUGACAUGAAACCUGCUCCUCCUCAUGAAGAGAGAUCGGAAAUGCAUGAACCCCACUCUUCAGGGGAGUCUAUGCCUGAAGGUGAGGGUGGGUAUGGAUAUGAAAAGAAGGAGGAGUACCCACCUCCUGGGUACAAAGAGGAGUACAAGAAGCCCGAGUACAAGAAGGAGUACAAGAAACCUGAGUACAAAGAAACAACUACUACAACAGAGUACACAACAGAGGAGUUGAUUUACACUGAACCGUACACAACAGAAUAUUACUACACUACUGUAGCCUGGUAUAAGCCCAAGAGGUAUGAUAAACCCCCUCCACCACCCAAUGCUGCUCCUGCCCCUAUGCCCAAACCUCUGAAACCGUAUGAAAACAAACCCUACUACCCUACUCCUUAUUACACCUCUGAGGGUACAACUGUCCCCUAUGUACCCCCUAAGUUUGAACCUAUCCCUCCUGUGACCCCCCUGCCCUAUUAUAAGAAGUAUGAUGUCAAGUAUCCCAUCAACUACAAUAUACCCUACAGACCAACUCAGAGAACAUAUACCAAACCAAAUGUUCCAUAUGUGCAUACAUUCCCAACAUAUACAACUACAACAACCACAACCACAACUACAACAUAUACAACAACCACAACUACCACAACAACCACCACUACCUACACAACAACUACAACUACAGUGACGUAUACCACAACAACCACAACAACAACCACAACAACAUACACAACAACUACCACAACAACUACCACAACAACCACAACAAUCCCACCAUGGUACAAACCCAAAAGAUACCAUAAACCCAAGAAGCACGAGAAUGCUGCCCCUGCUCCCAUGCCAAAGGAGAUUAAACCCUACUAUAAGAAGAUCUACACAACAACAUCAACCACCACCCCCUACACCACAUACCCCUACAAGGAGGAGAAAUAUGAAACUGAGGGUCCUGUAGAGUCAAUGCCUAAGUACUAUGCUAAGAACUAUGAAGCAAAGCAUCCCUCUGCUAUCCCCUACAGAGAAACUACUAAGGUUACAGAGGGACCAAACCAGAAAUAUUAUCACAAAUUCCCCAAAUACACAACAACUUACUAUACAACUUAUGAAGAACCCAAAUACGAAGAACCAAAAUAUGAGGAACCAAAAUACGAAGAACCAAAAUACGAGGAACCAAAAAAGGAAGCUCCAAAAUAUGAAGAGCCAAAAAAAGAAGCUCCCAAAUACGACCAACCAAAAUAUGAAGAGCCAAAGACAGAAGCUCCAAAAUAUGAAGCUCUAAAAUAUGAAGAGCCAAAAACAGAAGCGCCUAAAUACGAAGAACCAAAAUACGAGGAGCCAAAAACAGAGGCUCCAAAAUACGUAGAACCAAAAUAUGAAGAGCCAAAAAAAGAAGCUCCCAAAUACGACCAACCAAAAUAUGAAGAGCCAAAGACAGAAGCUCCAAAAUACGAAGAACCAAAAUUUGAGGAACCAAAAUACGAUGAACCAAAAUAUGAGGAACCAAAAUACGAGGAACCAAAACAUGAAGAACCUAAAUACGAAGAACCAAAAUACGAAGUAGCUGAAAAGAAGUAUAAAAAGUAAUACCUAGGACCUUGGACCUGGAACCUUGGAACUUAGACAUUAAAUCUCGGACCUUAAACCAUGGACAUUGAACAUUAGGCCUUGGCCCUUGGAAUUUAAACCUUGGAACUUGAACCUUGGAACUUGAACCUUGGAACAUGAACCUAGGAACUUGAACCUUGGGACUUGAACCUUGGAACUUGAACCUGGGAACUGGAACCUUGGAACUCGAAUCUUGGAACUUUAACCUUGUAACUUGUAACUUGGAAUUUGAACCUUGGUUCCUUGGAACUUGAACCUUGGAACUUGAACCUUAGAACUUGAACCUUGGAACUUGAAUCUUGGAACUUUAACCUUGUAACUUGUAACUUGGAAUUUAAACCUUGGUUCCUUGGAACUUGAACCUUGGAACUUUAACCUUGGAACAUGAUCCUUGGAACUUGAACCUUGGAACUUGAACCUUGGAACUUUAACCUUGUAACUUGUAACUUGGAAUUUGAACCUUGUAACUUGUAACUUGAACCUUGGAACUUAAACCUAGAAACUUGAACCUUGGAGCCCGAACCUUGGAACUUGAUCCUUGGAACCUGAACCUUGGAACUUAAAACUUGGAACUUAAACCUUGGGACUUGAAUCUUGGAGCUUAAACCUUGGAACUUGAACCUUGGAACUUGAAUCUUGGUACUUGGUCCUUGGUCCUUGGAACUUAAACCUUGGAUUUUGAACCUUGGAAUUUAAAUUGUAUAACUUUGAACUUGGAAUCCUCAACUUAGGACCAUUAUCCUUGAUCCAAAAAUCAAAACCCAUGGGCCUGAGGGACCUGUGAACCAGGUACCAGAGACCUGUAAACAGGGACCAGGGACCAAGGAUCUCUGGACUAGGUUGAAUAAAAUCCGAUCUUUCAUAGAAGACCUGACAAUCUGCUAUAUUGACCUUGUAACUUGUAUUAAGUAUGUGUAUGGAGCUGAAAUAUAUAUUUGUAACUUUUA